AUGACCGGUAGACGCUCUUCUGCUCGCAUUGCGGCGCAAAACCAGAGCUCCCAGAGUUCUCAGACUUCAUCCCCCCCGCACCCAAAGCCGUCGCCGGCUGGUAAAAAGCGCAAGAACGAGGCGUCUGGCUCUUCACCAAGCGCAAAGCGAGGCAAGAAGGAUGCGCAGCUCGAGCAGAAGACGCUGGAUGAGACCAUGCAGCAGAAUGGAGCUCAUGAGCAACCCGCCCCUGAGAAGGCCGAUCAAGAAAUGACCGAGCCAGAGCCGGGAAAGCCCGAAGAACCACAGACUGAGAAAGUCAAUGGUGAGGCAACCGAGGCGAAGAAGCAAGAUGAGAAACCCAAAGAGGAGGAAAGCACCGACAAGGGAAAGGUACCCGAGGCCGAAGACGUCAAGCCUGAAGCCUCGGAGCCCAAGGAGGUAGAGACCAAAGAGGCAGAGUCCAAGGAAGAAACAAAACCCGCCGAGACGAAUGGCGACGCUGUCGAGCCCGGUGCGCGUGAAGAUGACGUGCCCUCCAGCAUCCUCGAAAAGGGCGUCAUCUACUUUUUCUUCCGCGCCAGGGUCAACGUGGACCACCCCGAGGAUGUCAAAGACGUUGCGCGCUCGUACAUGGUCAUGCGACCCAUUCCUCUCGACGCGAAACUCGGGGAUGGCCCAAUCGGCGAUCAAGGUAAUUGCCGUCUCCUCGCUCUACCCAAGAAGGUGCUUCCCAAGAGUGGCAGGGACAGAUUCGUCACCUUUGUCGAGAAGUGCAAGACUAGCUUUGCGGAGCUCAAAGAGACCUUCCUGGCCGGCUCAGAAUACGAGACCAAGACUGCUGGCACAAGACACACACCUCCAGUCACUCCAUUGGCCGAGGGAGUCUAUGCAAUCACUUCUACAGGACGCGAAUCGCAUCUGGCCUACAUUGUCAAUAUCCCCGCCGAGAUCGGUGAGAUGCAGAAGGACUUUGGCCUCAAACAGCGCGGAAGCUUUGUAACCAGUGUCAAGAACCCGGAGCAGCCCCCUCUGGGCAACCAGAAUGUGCCCCAGGGACCGGAAUACCCGCAAGAGAUCAUUGACGAAUUCCGCGGUCUCCGGUGGAAGCCACUCGAGCCAAAGUACUUGGAGUAUGACAAUGCGCAAUUUCUGAUGAUCGGAGAGGACUACGACAAGGCCACCGAACAGCGUCCCAAGGAUGAGCGGGAAGAUAAUGCCGCGCCAGAGGAGGAGAUGGAGAAGCUGGAUGGCGAAGAUGAGAUCCGGAUCAAACAUUUGAAAGGCGAUGAUGCCGUCUUUACGGAUCUUGGAAUCACAUCGAAGGAAUUCCCCCAGGUGUCGACGACCUGGUAG